AUGGAUGCGGCCAACCUAUUGAAGCCAGCUCUCGCGCGGGGAGAGCUCCGCUGCAUUGGCGCAACGACCACUGCGGAGUACAAGCGGUUGAUCCAAAAUCAGGACAAGGCCUUUGAGCGGAGAUUCGUGAUCGUCGAGCUCUUCGAGCCUUCCGAGGAAGCCGCAGAAGAGAUGCUUCAAGCCAUGCGGCCCGUCUUCGAGCUCGGCCCCUAG